CAGACAUAACCUAUCCAAGCGUAGUCGUAAUUUACAAAAAGAAUCGUGAGGGAUAUAUAUUACAUGUAUUACAUAAACAAUUUAAAUAUUUCAGAACAAUUAUGGUGUAUUUACAUUUUCCGUCAAAUUUAACAGAAGAAGAGCUGAUGCUUCAAGCAAAAUAUAAUAAAUUGAAAAGAAAGAAAAAAGCCUUGCAAGACCUGAAAACACCCAAGCCUGAACCAGAACGCGCUCCACAAGCACCAAAACGUCCCACAGAAGCCAGAGAUGCUCGAGAGGUAGCCAAAAAGUUAAUAAAGUCAGGUGUUAUUACUGCUCCUAAAACUCCAAAACGACCAGAGCAAUCCUUCAAAAGACCUCGUGGUUUGGAAAGGAAAUUAAAUAGUACAGAGAAAACAGUAUCAUCUUAUCAACCUUUCUCAGCAACACAAUCUGAAGAAGAAGAACCUGAAACAAAAAGGCCAAAAGUGAAAGGAUUAUAUGACAGUUUUGUUUCAGCUACUGAUCCAGAAGAUAGAGUUGUUGAAAAGGCAAUAUCCAAAUUAGAAACAAAAACUCCAAAAGGAAAUACAAUUUUUGUUUCUGGAUACAAAAUUUCAGAAGAUUUUCUAAAAAAACAUUUUUCAGCAUUUGGUAAUAUACUAAAAAUUUCCAUGGAAGCUGAGAAAAAAGGAUUCAUUACUUUUGAAAAGCCUGAAUCGGCUGAACGAGCAAUAAGUGAAAUGGAUGGAAUCAUGGCUUCUUCAAUACAACUUAAAGUUUCUAUGGCAAGGAGGCAACCUGUAGUUGACCCAAUUAAUGAUACUACAUCAAGUUCUAUGUGGUCAUCACUAGCUGCAAGUUAUACUCAGAAGAGUGCUCACAAAGAUAAACGUGAUAUAAAAGUUUAUGAAGAUGAUCUCUUUCAAUAAUUUAUGCAUUGUCAACAUUGCUUUAUUAUAUUUAUUUAUUUCAUUGUAGUAUGAAAUAAUUUAUAUAGCUAAAGUGAUUUAGUGUCCAAUAAAUACGCAGGUUUAUUAUGCAAUGCAAAUUAAGUAAAGUAAAAAUAUUUAAAAAUAGAUAUCACCAUAAUGUAUUUGUUCAUCAAUUUUGUCUUACUUCCAUGUCAGGUUCUAAUUCACCUUAUCUUAGAAAUUUUUUAUAUGCACAUAUGUAUCUUUCCAAGUGAUAAUAGAAAAAGGUCUUUUCUUUACCUAAUAAUAUGAGGUGUUAUUACAUAUAAAUAAUUUAAUUUUGUUUUUAAAAAUAAGUGGAAUUGGGAAUCUGAAUUGUAGUUAAUAUUUAUAUGAAGAAUGUUUUGUAUACAAAUUCAAAUUCUUUAACUUUGAACUUUUUUCUUCUAAUUUAUAUUCAUGUUCAGCUGUAGAUUAAGUUUAUUUGAUUUAAGUUACGUUUAGCUUACGUGUAAAGUCAAAUCUAGUAUCAAUUUCAAUUUUUUUCGUUUGUCAAAUGCAAACACUUUUUGAUAAUUUUUCAUUAUUUUAUAUAGUUAUGACAUGUAUUUGUCACGAAACUCCUUUUAUUGAUACUUAUAUAUUAUUUAUUUACCAAAAUAUUACGGCUCGAAUAAAUAGGUAGUAUUUAUUCAAGAUUAAAUUGUAAAUCUACUAAGACUAAUUUCCUUUAUUUGGCGCUUUACAAAAUUGCAAAAAAUUGUAAUAAUACCAGCGAAUUACGAUAUAUUAAUAUAAUGUUUCCUACGUAACUUUUCACGGGUAAAGAAAUUCAUUGUUGAUUUCUUUUUUUAUAAUAUAAAUUUUCAUAAGAAAACGUAUAAAAUAUAAAAUAAAUAAAAUGCAAUUAUAU